GAGUUCACAAAAUUAACAAAAACCAUCGAAUCUUCUCACUGUUCUCAAUCCUCUCCUCUCCAUCCCGUUAGUCUCACAAAAUUCCCCUUUUUCCUUUCCGCUUCCCCAAAAUCUCACAUUCUCUGAUUCUCAAAUUCAACCCUAGCAGAAGCAGAUCUCACAUUCUCUGAUUCUCAAAUCUUAAACCCAGCAGAAGCCAACGCCUUCCACUCUCUUUCUUUCUCUCAAAACCCCCAUUUUUUUCUUUAUUUCGUUUGCCUUUGAUCUGAUUGUCUCCGACUCUCCGGUCUCCAGUUUCCAGUCUCCACUCUCUCAGCUUUGCUUGCUGGAUUCUUUCAUUAGUGGCCAGGUAAACACAUUAUUUUCUGUUAAUCUUUUCUUUUUCCCCUCAUCCAUGGCGACGAAGUGUCUGAUAUAGAAUAAGAGUUGAGUGCCUGUCAUAUUAACAUUUGCUCAUUUGCUGAAUCAUAAGAUCUUUUCUCUUUUGUAAUUUCGCAUGCCUUAUUAACUGUGCUGACAAGUCUUGUAUGUGUGUGUAUAUAUAUUGUCAUAUUGGGUUUUUGCAAUCUUUGCAUGUUUUUGUCCUAAUCUGAUAGACGGUACCAAAUAUGUUGCUUUCAAAUGGUUGCUUUCAGUUUCUGGUUGCUACAAUGCUGCUACAUCAUAUAUAGCUCCCAAACCCAUCUUCCUUUUUAUUGCAAUUCCCACUAGAAGGGCAGAGCAUGAAAUGAAUGCUUAAUACUGUCCUGAAUUUUGGUAUAUAUAUUGAUUCUUCAGUCACAUGAUAUCUCAUCUUCUUGUUGCACAUAGAGUUAAAAGAAUUAGUUGAAAAAUAUUAGGUUAAACAGAGAGAGGUGCCUGCAAUGAUUUUUCUUUGAAGGUUCUAGAGGAGUGCUCCUCUAUUAUACAGAAGGUGAGGGUGUCUCUGAUGCAAAGGUGUAGUUUUAGAGUCGGUGUUCUUGUAGUAUGUGGUGAACUGGAAUUUACCUGUUCCCAAUUCCUACUUCUCUUAUAUAUCCUGGAUAAUAACCAGGAGCUUGUUUAUAUUUGUAUAUCUUCUGGUGCAAAAGGGGUUAUGAUCCUAAUGGGUAGCAGUAAGACCAUUGUUUGGUUUAGGAGGGACUUUCGAAUUGAAGAUAGCCCUGCAUUGGCUGCUGCUACAAGGGAUGGUUGUGUUUUCCCUGUAUUUAUAUGUUGGUUUUUUUGUUGUAUUUUAUUCAAUUCUCAGCACUAUACAUCCUUAUUGGUAUAUAUAUAUAUUGAUUCUUGAACUGCAGGAUACAUGACGAUAAAGAUCAAGGCAAUGAGGUCAUGUUUAGUUUAUAUGACACACCAAUAUAUUAUUUGUUUUAAGUUUGUUAAUUUUUAGUUAAUAAAAUUCUAUGGACAUAAUUGUAUUGUAUUAUAUUUUAAAGUUAUUUAAACCAUCUAUAAAUUUUUAUUUGAAUCAUGUAUUUUAAGUGUUUGGACAUUUGUAUUGUUUGUUACUUUAUUUCACUUUUACUUACGAUUUUACGAUUCGAGUUUACGAUCCGAGUUUAUAUUGUAUAUUCUGUGUCGUGUCAAAAAUGCGUUUUCGACAACCUUGUUCUUUAUCACAAGACAUAACAUGCAAAUAUGAACAUUGCUAUUGAAUGACUGUGUCAGUUAAGAAAGAAAAAAAAAACAGCAUUGAUCAAUUAAGCAUGUCAACUUGCAGAGAUUUAGUUUAUCAUUAAUCAGUCAUCGUACAAGAACCAAGAAGAUUGAAUAAACAAUUGAAGCUGAAGGAAAUUAGUCCAAGAAUGUUCAAGCGCUGCUAGAGAGUAGCUAGCUAGGUGAGAAUUUCCAGUUGGGGAGGUGGGAGGUGGGCUAAAAUGAACGAGGUGGUGGGACUUCAAAAACCGCACUUUGUUCUAGUCCAUGGAGUAUGCCAUGGAGCCUGGUGCUGGUACAAGAUCAGGUGUCUCAUGGAAACAUCUGGCUAUAAGGUCACAUGCCUAGACCUUAAAAGUGCUGGUAUUGAUCAGUCCAAUCCCAACACGAUCCUCACUUUUGAUGAGUACAAUGCACCCCUUAUCGACUUCUUGUCGAAUUUGCCAAACGAUGAAAAGGUUAUAUUGGUAGGACAUAGUGCAGGAGGUUUGAGCUUGACAGACGCUAUACACAGAUUUCCUAAGAGAAUUCAUCUGGCUAUUUAUGUUGCUGCCAACAUGUUGAAGCAUGGCUUCUCUUCAGAUCAAGAUUUCAAAGAUGGUGACCCUGAUGUAUCUGAGUACGGAGAGAUAGCUGAUUUAGAAUACGGGAUGGGUCUAGAUGAGCCUCCAACAAGUGUCAUAAUAAAGGAGGAGUUCCAGAAACGAAUUCUCUAUCAAAUGAGCCCUAAAGAGGACUCCAUAUUAGCAUCAAUGCUACUGCGAGCAGGGCCUAUCAGGGCAUUCAAAGGUGCUCGAUUUGAGGGAGGAAAGGAUGCUGAUUCUGUUCCACGAGUAUAUAUUAAGACAUUGCACGAUCACAUUCUAAGACCAGUGCAGCAAGAGGCAAUGAUAAAGAGAUGGCAACCUUGUCAAGUUUUCGAAUUGGAGAGUGAUCAUAGCCCUUUUUUCUCUGCCCCAUCUUUGUUUUUCAAAGUAAUAGUCGAAGCAGCAGCCGCCAUCACUUGUAACUGAUAUUUUAUUGAAACUUCAAUAAAUCUGGACUAUUUAUAGGGCUCAACAAGAGUUUUUAAUUGGUUA